CUCAUUCGCCUCACCCCCACUGGCCUGUUUCUUCAUCUUGUUUCGGCCCACUUGUAAAGUCACUUAAAAGCUAACGACCAAGCAUCAUUUUAACAUGAACGACACAGGCGCCACAGUGUGCCCCAGAGAAGAGCUUCCGCAGUAAAUGUGUAGUAUGCGGAACCAUUAGUCAAAGAGGGAAGUUCCACCUGUGAUGUGAGGGGUGGAAUUGGAAAUGAACGACGACGGAGGCAGAGGCGAGCUCGGGAGACCCGCUUCGGCUAGCAUCAACCAGAAUUCCAUACAUUUGAAUGGACAUGCCCAAAAUGGCCACACAGCUGUAUCCCAGGUCGAGCGUGAAUCCCAAGUCCAGAGUCCGGUGCGCAUUCCAAAUGAGAACGUCCCGAGGGGGCAAUGGGGAGGGAAAUACGAGUUCCUGCUUUCUUGUAUGGGAUUCUGUGUGGGAUUAGGGAACGUAUGGCGGUUCCCUUACCUUUGCUAUCGCAACGGAGGAGGUGUUUUUCUUAUCCCUUACUUCCUCAUGCUCUUCGUUACGGGUGUUCCGCUCUUCCUCAUGGAGCUCAGUCUUGGCCAGUACGGAGCAGCCGGACCCAUCACCGUGUGGAAAUGCUGCCCUCUUCUUAAAGGUAUCGGCAUUGGGAUGCUCUGUAUAGCCGUGCUGGUGUCUCUAUAUUACAAUGUCAUUAUAGCAUGGACUUUUUAUUACCUGGGCAGCUCUUUCCAGAGCCCACUGCCUUGGUCAUGUGACGCCAUCGCCAACGCUGCUGUCUGUGAUAAGAGCAAUAGCUCUAGUGCAGAACUCCUCAGCCCCACAGAGAUCUUCUGGAACGAGCGUGUGCUGGGUGUGGUGAACAGCGAGGGACUUCAUGACCCAGGCCCAGUCCGAUGGCCCCUUGCCCUGUGCCUCCUGGCUGCUUGGAUCAUCAUCUUCCUGUGUACACUAAAGGGCAUUCACAGCUCCGGCAAGGUGGUAUAUGUCACCGCUACUUUCCCAUACUUUGUGCUGAUUGUUCUGAUCAUCAGGGGUGCCACACUCGAGGGCUCUCUUCAGGGCAUUGCUUUCUACCUCACACCAGACUGGGGGCGAUUAUCCAGUGCACAGGUCUGGAAUGAUGCAGCCUCACAGAUCUUCUACUCAUUGGGUAUAGGGGUUGGAGGGCUGCUUUCCAUGGCUUCCUAUAAUAAGUUUGACAACAAUGUCAUCAGGGAUACAAUCAUUAUCACCAUAGGAAACUGCUGCUCCAGCUUCUUUGCAGGAUUUGCUAUAUUCUCAGUCCUGGGCCACAUGGCGUGGAGGAAAGGGGUGCCAGUUGAGAACGUGGCAGAUUCAGGUCCGGGAUUAGCCUUUGUCGCUUACCCUGAGGCCCUAGCACUGCUCCCGGGUUCAGUGUUCUGGUCCAUUCUCUUCUUCUUGAUGCUUUUCAUGCUGGGCGUUGACACACUUUUUGGCAACAUAGAGGGCAUCACAACUGCCGUGCUGGAUGAGUUUCCACAACUGCGAAGCAACACCAAGCACAAGUCCUUGUUUCUGGGCAUGCUUUGCUUUUGCUUCUACCUGAUGGGCCUCCUGCUGGUCACUGAUGGGGGCAUUUACUGGUUCACUCUCAUCGACUCCUUCAGCACUAGUUUCGGCCUCAUCAUCAUCACCCUCUUUAUGUGCAUUGGCAUCUCCUUCUUCUAUGGAGUCAACCAGUUUUGCCAGGAUAUCCUUGACAUGAUCUGCCAUUGCCCUCCCUGGUGCAGUAAAGCCUUGUUGUACUUCAAAGCAUGCUGGGUAGUCUUUACUCCGUUUCUACUUUUGUUCAUCCUGACCUACAUCUUCAUUGAGAUGUACAACACAUCCCUCCACUACGGCUCCUAUGUGUAUCCUCGCUGGGGCAAAGCGCUGGGCGUGUGCAUGGCGUCUGCCUGCUGCCUGCAGAUCCCCAUCUGGGGCAUCAUCGCUAUCAGCAAGGAAACUGGAUCACUGAAAGAACGUUUCCACAAAUCCAUUCGACCUCUGAACUCCUGGCGGGUGAACAACAGCGCAGGGAGAGCGGAGGCGCACGUGGAGGCAGAGCGAGUGGAGGCUCCGUUCACAGUCACUCUAACCGACAUGGACUUCAACGCCAUGACGUGGGAGGAGGGAAGACGGCCAUGACGGCAUGACAAACACACAGAGUUAAACACACUCUAUUUUGUUGAGGAGGAGUUUUGAACACACCUUGCACAAUAGUAUUAGCGAGCAGUAUGAAUGGAGCUUCGCUUGAGCAGCAGAGGCUUCUGGUGCUGUAAAUAACAGCAACACGAUGCAAGUAGCCAUACUGUCAUGUUGCACAUGCUGGAAGGACUUGCCAAGACUUCAACUAAGUGCAAUGGAAGGGUGUCCUGACUGCAUGUUGAACUCAUUUGUGCGACUAUGAGACGAGAUGGAAGGACCCACACCACCAUGGCAGAGCACUGUUGGUUGCCACUCGCUGACCACGUUUAGUCGUGUGUAACCGCUAGCUACAGUACAUAAUAAGUGGCACGACAACAAACUUUCAGAGUACUGGCACAAAAGUAGAAGACACGAACUUCAGCUUAAUGCUGCUUUUUAUGCUUUUAUUGCUCCUAGAGCUUCUAUUUAUACUGUAAGUUGGUGCUGAUCAUUUGAUGAUUGUUUAUUACGCUCAACAAAACUAGAAAUGCAACAUUUGUCUUUUUGUUCCCAUCUUUCGUGAGCUGAACUAAAAUAUCUGAAACUUUUGUGUACACAAAAGGUCGGUUUCCUCAAAUAUUGUUCACAAAUCUAACUAAAUAUCAGUAUGAUGAUUAGACAGCAUGAAUAUUGCACAGGAGUGCCUCAGUUCGGCCUCAAUAAAAGGCCGCUCGAAAAUGUCUAGUUUUACAGUUUUUGAAAACCAGUCAGUAUCCGAUGUGACCACCAUUUGCCCCACGCAGUGCAACACAUCUACUUUGCAUGGAGUUGAUCAGGUUGUUGAUUGUGGCCUGUGGAAUGUUGGUCCACUCCUCUUCAAUGGCUGUGUGAAGUUGCUAGAUAUUAAGAGGAACUGGAACACGCUGCUGAUCCAGAGCGUCCCAAACAUGCUCAGUGGGCGACAUGUCUGAGUAUGCUGGCCAUGCGAGAACUGGGAUGUUUUCAGCUUCAAGGAAUUGUGCACAGAUCUUACAACAUGAGGUGUAGUCGUGGACGAAUAACAACACAACAACGGGCCUCGGGAUCUCGUCACGGUAUUUCUGUGCAUUCAAAAUGGCAUCAAUAAAAUGCACUUGCGUUGGUUGUUCAUAACAUACGCCUGCCCACACCAUAACCCCACCGCCACCAUGGGCCAAUCAGCAAAAUUCCAUCUGCCCUGUACAGGGAAAACCGGGACUCAUCUGUGAAGAAAACACCUCUCCAAAGUGCCAGGCACCAUCGAAUGUGAGCGUUUGCCCAUUCAAGUGGGUUACAAUGACUAACUGCAGUCAGGUGGAGACUCUGAUGAGGAUGACACGCAUGCAGGUGAACUUCCCUCUGGCAGUUUGUGCCAAAAUGAUUUGAUUAUGCAAACCGAUAUCCUGUUCAAGAGGCUGCUGUCAGAAGAUUUUGGAUGUGGACGUCCUGGGCUAGUGUGGUCACACGUGGUCUGCGGAUGUGCAGCUAAUUGGAUGUACUGCCAAAUUCUCUGAAACGUCUUUGGAGACGGUAGAGAAAUAAACAUUAAAUUCACGGGUAACAGCUUUGGUGGACAUACCUGCAGUCAGCAUGCCUAUUGCACGCUCCCUCAACACUUGCGACAUCUGUGGCAAAAGCGCAUAUUUUGGAGUGGCCUUGUAUUGUGUCCAGCCUAAGGCACACCCCUGCAAUAAUCAUGCUGUCUAAUCAGCAUCUUGAUCUGCCACACCUGUCAGGUGGGUAGAUUAUCUCGACAAAGGACAAGUGCUCACUAACACAGAUUGAGACAGAUUUGUCAACAUUUGAGAGAAAUGGGGCUUUUUGUGCACGUAGAAAAAGUUCAGCGUGUGAAAGAUGACAGCAAAAAGAAAAGUUUUGUGUUUAUAUUUUUAUUGUUUGUAUUUUAAGAAUGCGAGGGAUGCAGAACACACCCACUUACGGAUUACAGGAAGUGGCCACAAAUCAGCAUCCAGCAAGACAUACAGUGGUGUGAAAAAGCGUUUGCCCCCUUCCUGAUUCUUACUUUUUUUUCAUUUUUGUCACACUUAAAUGUUUCAGAUCAUCAAACAAAUUAAAAUUGUAGGCAAUGACAACACAACUGAACACAAAAUGCAGUUUUGCAAAUGAAAGUUUUUAUUAAAGGUGAAAAAAUUUCCAAACCUACAUGUCCCCGUGUGAAAAACUGAUUGCCCCCUAAACCUAAUAACUGGUUGGGCCACCCUUAGCAGCAACAACUGCAAUCAAGUGUUUGCAAUAACUUGCAAUGAGUCUCUUGCGCUGUGGAGGAAUUUUGGCCCACUCAUCUUUGCAGAAUUGUUGUAAUUCAGCCACAAUGGAGGGUUUUCCAGCAUGAAGCGCCUUUUUAAGGUCAUUCCACAGCAUCUCAAUAUGAUUCGGGUCAGGACUUUGACUAGGCCACUCCAAAGUCUUCAUUUUGUUUUUCUUCAGCCAUUCAGCGGCGGACUUGCUGGUGUGUUUUGGAUCAUUGUCCUGCUGCAGCACCCAAGUUGGUUUCAGCUUGAGG